AGUUUUUUCUCCAACCCAGAGCUACAAGAAGACUUGGUAAAUGGCUACACAUUAAGCUCUGAAAUGAUUAUCGCUUUUACUGGAGGAUACUUUGCAUACGAUCUUCUUGAUUUGAUGGCUCAUAAUGCUUUCUCAAAUGCUUGGCCACUUUACACACACCAUCUUGUGGUACUCUUCCUGUGCUUCACGAUCCUCUCUCUCCGCCAGCUGUAUGCCACCAUAAACAUUGCUAUGAUCCUGGAGCUCAACUCUAUCUUUCUCCAUGGCAGACAGCUCCUUCUGAUGUGUGGCUUCAGUAAGCAAGAUAUGGCAUACCGGAUCAAUGCCUUCCUGAAUAUCUUCAGCUAUGUGGUCUGCCGAAUGGGCUCCAUGGGCUUCCUCUGUAUCUGGGUCAUUGUGACAGAGCAGGCUGUUCCACCAAUCAUACGCAAGACUGGACCAUACACACUAGGUGCCAUCUUUAUCAUCAACCUGGUUUUAUUCUACAGACUAAUUGCAAGUGAUUUUGGGAAGAAGAGCAGCUCUUCUUCAAAACAAGAUGUUGACAUCAUGGAUUCAUAGCAUCUAUUCACUUUAUUAUCACCAACAUGGCUUCCAUAUGUUUCACAUUAUGUUUAAGUGUGAGAAUUUAUGUAUGCAGUUUUGAUACCUCUUACCACAGUUAGUGGUGGUUGCCACAUGCAUUUUUUUUGGUUCUUCUGUUUUGUUUUUUUGUUCUUGCAAACAAUAAAGGACUGUUUGAUAGAUUGACUUUAACUUUGUCCAAGUGUGCAUUUGGGAAUGACAAUAAUUCAAGUAGUUUUGGGAGUAUACAUGUAUAUGCAGUUCAAAGGUUGAAUGUCAGCAUGGUCUUUAUUGAAAUACCUUGUUAUUGCGAUACAUUAAGAAAUGCGUGAGGGAUCAACUUUAAAUGGAUCCUGUAUCUAUGUACAUGUAUAUUGAUGGUAAAAUGAUCUAAUGAAAGUUUGAAGUCAAUAUCCUAGAGGUUGUUGUAAACCUGAAAAUUUCUCUUUCUCACUGUAACCGAAGAACUGCAUUAGAAAUCAACGUCAACUUGAACUCGUGUAAGCACAUGAAGAGUGUGAUUAGAUUUGAGGGUCACUAGGUCAUAUAUGCAAAGGUCAGAGGCUUUUACAUGUACAUGAAAUAAAAUUGUUCUUGGGAAUUCUCAUUAACUAAGGAACUGACUUCAACUUGACAUGUAUAGUGUUAUUCAGAGGUCACACAAUUGAAGGUCAAAAGUCACAGAGAUUAUUUAUUUGAAGAAAAAGAGAUAAGUUAAAGUUGUUUAUUUCUAAUAAGGCAGAGGCAAUUGCAUGUAGUCAAUUUUGUCUUCAUUUUGUCAGAGCUUCCAAUAUCGAGUCGCAAGUAUUAUUCAUUUUUUAUAUUUCAGUUCCUUUUCUGGAAGAGGCUUUUUAUGAAUACAUGUACGUGUAUGUGGUAAUAGUUUUGGGAAUAUGUUUAUAGUCUUGAUAGUGCAGUAUUCAAUCUUUCUCUGUUUAUUUUUUAUUUGUGGUUUAAGACUUGAAGUUGCUAUGUACAUGUAGAAUGUUAUACUUUUAUUUUCCUAACAUUUUUUUUCCUUCUAUGAUUAACUACUUCCAUUUUGAUUUUAUUCAUUUAAUGUUGAAUAUUCAAACUGUUUGCAGUGGUGCUCAAUUACGAUAAUGUUUUGUCUUUCCAUAAUUACAAACAUGUAUUUAUCCCACAGGUUGUAAUACCGGUAAUCAAUUUGACUUCUGAAUUUGCUUUGCAUGUACAGUAGUAUUUCCUUUGCAUUUUCAGCUUUGAGAGUAAACAUUUAAUGUUUUUAGUAGUUUAACCAUUGAUCAAUCCAAAGAAAUUUAUUAUCAGGUGUAUUUUUGAAGCAUAUUUAUCAUUGGGUGAAUUUCUACUUUUUGUAUACUGAAGAUGGAAAAUUUAAAAUGUUGGGUUUUUUUAAUAGUGAUAUACAGGUGCAUGUGCUAAUACUUCUUUAAGGAGUCUCCUAUUUAGAAUUUGUGUUUUUUUAUUCUGUUUUUGUACAUGUAUUUAUUGUAGUGAAUUUGCGAAGAAAAGAUAGUUUUUUUCAGUCUCUGUGCAAGUCAUUGUCUAAUGGCAUAUACCGAACCAUGGAACACUGCAUGGUCAACAUAUUCGUACGGAUUAAACCCCAAAGACAUUGGUUUAUUGUCCAGUUGGUAUGUGAUGUAAUGGGUUAUACAUGUAGGUCAAGUAACUUUUAGUGCCAUGGGCUAUACACAUAUACAACUGCUUUUAGAAACAUUGCAGUCAGGAUGACUUGUAAAUGAUUAAUUGAUGGCUAUUAUUGAUUAUUUUUAUAAUGAUAAUGAUAACAUAGGAUAUUUAUUUUGUACACAUAUCCUCUUUAUAAGGUGCUGAAAGCGCUCCCAUGAUCUUGCGCUAGCUAAGCUAGGCUGCUGAUUUUGAUGCUCACAGGCUGGGAAGAAUGCCCUGUCAAAGUUACUGCAGAGAUUUGUAAUCAAUCGUACAUGUAACUCUUGAGUGCACAAAAUUUCAUAUAAUUACAAAUUACAAUUGGUGUUAGAAAUAAGAUUUUUUAAUUCUUUAUGGAAAUGAUGAAUUACACUUGAGGGUAUGAAUUUCUUUUUUUACAACCAAUCAUGAUCUUUGAUUAAAUCAAUAAAGAUUAAAUAAUUGAAAGAUCUCUAUUUUUGUAUUUGGAUAAAAAAGUUAAAAGAAAAAAUGUAUUUUACAAUGUGUUUAAUAAUGUCUGCCAUAAUGUAUUCCAUUAUUUAUACAAUCAUGCAUAUAUUCAAUUCACAAUGCUAAGUUUGUGUGUCUUUGCAAAAUCCAAUUCUGAAGAUAUUUUGAAUAAAAUAUUUGUGAGAAAUUUGUAUGAGAGGAACUAAUCAUGUAUCUUAAUACGGCAAAUGAUCGUCAAGAUGAAACUGAAAAUCCAUAUUUCAUUUUUUUAAUAGAAAAUCUGAAAUAGGCAUACUCAUUUUGCCCAAUUGAUUGUGGGCUGCUGAUUUUGAUGCUCACAGGCAGGGAAGAAUGCCCUGUCAAAGAUUGUGGGCCCGGCAACCACUGUAAAAUGCCAGAUCGACAUUGACCAUAUAUAUAUGGAAGUUUAAUGGUAGUAGGGUAAGAGGAAAAUCUUUAAAGAAUCAUCUGGAAUAUUUGAGAAAUUUAUUUCAAUUUGUAAAAGAGUAUCAAGUUUAAAUACCACUGAGUUGUAUGAGCAAUAGGUAGGUGUCUUUGAAAUGAACUCAUGUACCACCGAGGAAUAAAAAUGAUGCUGAAAAUUUCUCUGAAAAGUGAGUAGCCAUAUAUCCGUAACCAUUUUUUUGUUCUGUCAACUAUCCAAAGUCUUUCUAUACAACAGGGUUGUACAUUACUAUUCCUCAUACCACAAGGCAAUUUAAGUAUCUUUACGCAUGUCUAACACAAAGCAAGGCAGUUUGUAAACUAAUUAUUUCUUUCAAUGCAUUAAUGCUCUUUCGUGUUACUAAGUUUUUGUUUUUCUAUUGGUUUUAUUAAGUAUUUAUUAAUACAUUUUUUUAUGUAUGCAUGAAGAGAGUCUCAUAAUACCCCACUCUCAUCAGCCAUGAUUUAUACUUCUUUGUGGAGGAAAGGACGUUGGGGUAAACUACUACAAGGUACAAUUCUCUUUCAUGUAUUCUUGUAAUUUUCUUAACCCAGUAACAAGUGAAUUCUCUAAUUCCUCUAAGUCCUCUUUUACAUAUACGUAGUAGGUGGUCUGGGGCGGACGUCGGAGGCAGCUUGACCUAUGUGUAACACCCUCCUUAUUCAAAAGCAAGACUGAUGCUGGCUCGGACUGAAUCCACCUUAAGAAGUGGUUUGAAGGCGGCAUUAGUCCUGCCUCAAUCCUGUAAAUGGUACGUGUAACACCCCAAUUUCAGACCGGCUAAAACGGUUUUAAAAGCAGAAGUGGUGUUAUAGCGAACUGUGCAAAAACAGUGCACGAUGUUUAUGAAAAGCCGGGUGACACGUGUCACAUGAAUAGGUGACAUGGAGCUGGCCCUAGUAUAGACACACAAUUUUGGCCUCAGGCCAUUUGUAACAGAGCAUAAUGAGCCCAUGUGUCCAUAAUACCUCUGAAAGUUAUAUCAUCUACAUUAAUAUAAAAGCAUUAUUGCUUUUUCUUAAGUUUCCAUUUAAACAAUCUUUAACAAGGUUUUAAUUUUUUCGUAUUUAUAUUUUUGUGAAUGUCCCUGAUGAUAUGUAACUCACGUUAAGAACCGAAAUAUAACAUUUUUAUGGGGCUGUACUUGCACUGCCGCAUUUUAUGCUUGUGAAUAAAAUAAGUUCUUAAUCAUCUCUCUGAAUCCUUGACAAAAUGCAGGUAUGGAAUUAGCUGAAGGUUAUACAAAACAAAGAAAAAAUGCCUUUUGGCUUUUAUAAUCAUGGCCAUAUUGCAAUUGAUUGCCAUUUAUAUCAUUUUUAAGCCCAAGAACUUACAACCUGCCAAUAUCUAAUUUGUUUUUUCUCUCGCUCUCUCUCUCUCUCUCUCUACCUCUCCCCUUCUCUCUCUUACUGUGAUAGACUGCUAGGUUUUUUUUGUCACAUUGUCAGUCUGAUGUUUUAAAAUGUUAUGGAUUAUGUUUGUGAUAAAAAAUCAUAUGUGAAGGAAUUUACAUGGUGUUUCAAUAUAUGUAUUAUGAGGGUAUUGGGAUAUAUUUCUUAUCUUCAAAAAUAUAAACUGUAAAUUGUAAAACCUUUACUUCUUUACUUAAAAACAAAGCUAAAAUCACAAUUUUGGGCUCUGCCAUUUCUCCAGAUCAGCUCACAACUAAGUAUGGCAUUUUAUAUGUUCUACAUCUUAUAAUCUAGCUUGAGGCUGGAGCUUUUGUCUUUUCUGUUACACUAAACAUAGUAUAUGUAAUAACCACUGCCUCCGUCUCAUACAAAGUAUACAUCUAGCAGAUUUUAGUGAUCAUAUUUCAAAUAGUGAAUUUUCUCAUUUUGUGUUAUACAUAUUGUGAUGGGUGACAUUUCUGCCAUCAUGGCCAUUGACUCAUUGGUGAUCAACAAGGGCAAAAUAGUAUACCUGUACAUUGAUAAUGUUUACAUAAUUUCAUUGCAUAAAGCAAUGUUAUUUAUUUCUAUGUUCAGACAUAUCACAGAGGCUUAUCAAAUAUCAUGUUUUUAUUGCAUUUCAGAGGUCAUUUGACAAGACCUUGUUCAGUAUAUGAGUGGAAUAUUGGCCAGCUUUAUGUAGGAUGGUUUCAUAAGUACUGCCCUCUUGCUUCAAAAAAAAAAUGGAGUGUUUCAUAAAUAUAUAGUUAUGAAUGAUUUCACAGAUAACUGAAAUAUGGCAAGCCAAAUGUGAUAUUUUGUCACUUCAAAUUAUAAUGUUGACCAUGUAAAUGAAUUGGCAGGUUAUCUACUGUGUUGCGAUCAUAUAUAAAGUCAUUCUCCUACAAAUAAACCUUGUGAUACACCCCAUGAAUUUAGUCAUAAACAACUGAAUUGAAUUGUGAUUAUCCUCAUAAUGUCGAUACAAGAAGAAUUGUAUUUAUAUAUUGUGUUUAUGAAAAAAUUGAGUGUGAGUUGAAAUGAAAAUUAGGGCACAGGAUAUGUAGUCUUUACUGUCUCAUAAAUCAUUUCAUCUUGAUUUGAACCGCCUUUUGCCUGUAGUUCAUGUUGUUUAGUUAAUUUUUUAGUGAUGCAAAUUUUAUUUGCUACUUUAUUACAAUGUCAAGAAGGUUUGAUGUUGACUAUCAUUUUAUAUGUUAGAUGUAAAAUCUAUUUAUUUGAAUUCUUUAUUGAUAGAAGCAGCUGCAUUGUGCUUCCUCUUAAACAUAGACCUUGAAUAUUAGUGGCUGUAUAUUAUUUCUUUUUAUAUUUAUUUAUUGUCUUCCAUACCAAGGAAGUCUUUGGGAUAUCUCCAUAUAUAACCCUUGUCACAUUUUUUGAAUGGAUAAAAUCCAUUUUGUAUUUUUAUCAUAUAUAGUGAAAUUUGGAAAUAAAACUACACACAUGUAGUUUUAUUAUCAUUUUUCUUCAUCAAAUUCAGCACUGCUGCCAAAAAAUUGUGUAACCGCCAGAGGUGUUCCACUUUUACUUUUUUUAAACUCGAUUUGAAAGACAAAAUAAAAAAUUCGGAAGUUUCUCUUCUUUCUGAUGUGUCUAUUUUGAAUUAGUAAGUGGGUAAUAGUUGAUAUUGGCUUGUAAUGACAUUUGAAUGAAAAUAUUAUUUCAUUGUACUGCAAUUAAUUUUUAAGGACAACUUAUGUGAGCUCAUUAAUUUCCUACGAAGGCUGUUCUACAUGAUUGUUUCAUUCAAGUAAACAUCAAAUGGUUCUCAUGUGUUACAGGUGAUGAUAAUAAGAGCUAUUUGUUUGACAAAUUCUUACUUUUACAGUAUGUUUCAGCUUAAUGUUGCUUUAAUAGUCUAUUUUAUAAUGACAAUGCUCUAGUCCCAGUACGAUGUGCAGUAAACACUGUUCUGACGUAGCCCAUCUUGUAUGAAUUUUUGUUUUAGCAAUGGUUGUACUGUAAAGUUGUUACUUGAUUUGGUUGUGGUAACCCUUGUUAUGAUAUGUUGAUUAAGUUUGGUUGUGUUUUCUAAGUACCAGUAGGUCUCAAUCUUACAAGGUCAUAUCUUUUUCUACCAAGCAAUUAUCGAUUGUAAACUCUUGAACAUAUUUAUUAUAUAAAUUUGCUCUUUUGGAUGAUGAAGCAGAGGAAACGCAAAAUCAAGUUUGUUAAUGAAUUUUUUCAACUCAUAUUUCUUGCUGAAAGCCUUUAGAGCAUUUAAGUUUUGAUUUGGCAUAUGAAUGCAUGAUUUUGUUUAAGUGCACAUGGAAGUGGAUUUUAUUUUACUAGAUUAUCGAAUUUUUUAAAACAAAUCGACUCUUGUGUCGUGAUGCACAUUAUUACAUGAUGAAGUUAAGGGUGCACAAUAUUUUUUUAUAUUGUAAUAUUUUAUGAUGAUCACUUUUGUAGAUAAUUGAUAAAGAAAAUGGAGAUGUUAUUGAAAGUAAAGUGCAUGUACUGUUUGAU